AUGAUGAAGGCGUCUAUUUUCCUGGUCUGCUUGUUUUUUGUAAGUUUUUCCCAGAGAACGUUAUGAUCCGUGAACGGUCCGAGUUCAGGUAUUGAACGCUUCGAACUUUUGCAUGCGAGAGAAAGAGCUGACCGACGUGGAGUUCUACAAUCUGUUGGGCACCGAGUACUUCAAGGGCAAGCCGUUCAAACUGGUGUGAGUUUCGGAUGAGUUCAAAUGCUGGGAUAGAAUAGAAGAAAGAGGUGUUCAGUGAGACUGAAUGUUCGGAUGUUCGUGACAAUUCCACGUGCCUCUACAUCAUCGAUCGCAUCGGAUACUUCCCCGACGGGUACGACAAUCUCAUGAAUGCCAAGAUGAUGGAACUUUCAGAGAAUGGUUCGUCGGCCGAUUCGUCACUCCGGUCCCGAAUCUCAAUAAAGGCUUUCUCUCGGUUUCCAAACUCACAAAGCCGACUUUCAAAUCAAAAAGCACAAUCGACACUUCCAUCUGGCCAGUGGAUAUCGGGAUGAUGGACGUGCUGACUCCGAACGGAGUGGAAUUCUGUGAGGGCUUCCUUCAUGAUUUCGCCGUGUUCUCACUUCCCAUUUCAGCCUUUCUCUUCUCGACCGGACAAUUUCCGCUGAAUCGUGACAUCACCGGAGACGUUCUUUUGAUCGGAGUGGCCACUGGAGGAUUGAUGUCGUACAUUGGUCAUUACUUCAAAAACGUAAAGUUUCCAAUCCUUCCAAUCUACAUCAUACACGGUCUCCAGAGCUGACAAUGGGCGCAGGUGCGCCCCGCCCAAUAGAGCGAUACAUUGGCGCGAAAUUCAAAUUUUAACAGCAAACUUUGUGUUUUUUGCCAGAUUAGCCACGAAAAACCGAUAAUUUGUCAUUUGUCUCUCGAUAGACCGAAUGUAUAGGCUAUUACGAAUUUUUUAAGCGCAAGAGCGUUAAAUUUGGUCAAGUCGCAAAUCACAUUUAUCCGUUUGAAGGUUUUUGACUAAAACUGCGUGAAUUUCAGUUGCUUUUUGGUCAUUUUCGCGGUUCGAGCGCUCAAAAUGCUUGUAUUUACGUUAUUUAUAAUUCUCAAAACCAAUUCUGUCUGAAAACGGUCAAGAAAGCGCAAAAUGAGAAGUGCGGUUUUUAGGCGGCGAUCGGCGGCGAAGGCGAAAAGCAAAGUCCGCGAAAAAUGCGACAAAACGUCAUUAAUUCUGUGAGAAUUAGUGUGUUUUCAUGUCGAACAAUCAUUUUCCAUCGCCUUUGACCACAAAAAUCAGAGAAAACCUGCUCAAUUCAUGAAAACGCCAUUUGGCCGAGGCCACGCCCAUAUUGUCAGCUCUGGAGACCGUGAUCAUGUGGUUUCAGCUGAAUCUUGUUGGUGUCGACAUCGACCCUAAUUCCGAGUAUUUGGCCAAAAAAUGGUUCGGAUACGUGGACAGAAGCCGAUCGAAAAUUCUGAUCGAUGACGGAGCAGAGUACAUUAAGAAGAUGGCUGAAAGAGGUGAGUUCAAGGAUCUCCAUCUCAUUUCGAGCACAAAGUUUCCAGGCGAGACCUCGAAUGCAGUUCUGGUCGACGCAUGCCAUAACAACGAGCCGACCGACAAUCUGUACUGUCCGGUCGCCGCUGUCCGAACCCCUCGGUUCUUGAGCGAUCUAUCGAAGGUGAUCGGAAAACGAGGUAUGCCACAGAGAUCUAAUUUAUAAGCAUUUUGUUCAAUUUUCCAGGAUUCAGCGCGUUCAACACUUAUCACAAAAUGAACUGGAAGAAAGGGUACGAGGAAAUGAGAGAUUCCUUCCGCAAACAUUUCGAGAAAUGUGAGCUGAUCGAUGCGGACAAGUUGAUCAGCAAUAUGGUGAGCAAAAUAGAACAAAUUUUUAUGCGACUACAGGACGUGUUCAGUUCUUGAUUUGUGCGAACCACGACUGGGAGCAGAACGAGGUGGAUCAGACGGAAGUUCAACAGUUUUUGAAUAAAUUUCGCCUUCAGCCCUUCUUGGUGAGUUUUUUGGGUCUCGAAUUCUCACACGAUCAGUAUGUGCAUACACUUUUCGUUGAAAACCCACAAAGUACAGUAUGCAUCAGUUCCGCCGAAUUCCUCGAACUUUUAAAACGAAAUGAUGACAUUCCAGCAAUAUCUGGUCUGA